ACCAUACUUCAUUUGUAUAUAUGUUUUUCGGGGCGGAAAUCGCUCCGGGCUGACAAAGCUGCAGCCAGCUUGUGAAUCUCGCAAGCAUUGAGACCCUCCUCUCACGCAGCGGUACGAGCAAACAUCGCCUCUGGAUGGCACGGCGCGAGUCGCUGCAGAUCGCAUGAGUCGACCCUGUGAAAGGUUCGACCAGACCUUUCUGGACCGGUCGUUAGACACUGCAAUUGGAUGUGGACUGGGAGAGGACUGGUGUUCGUAUCUCGCUGUUAGGUAGGCUCAAGAGCAAUUGCUCUCCUAGGGCUGGGCAAGAAAAGGAAAGCCCGGUUGACUAGGAAGCCAAGGCUGAAUAUGGAUCCGAUCACAUUGCACUUCAAUAUUUUCCAGGCUGGUACGCCAUCUCAAGGUCGUCAGAGUUUUCAGGUGGAGGAUCCCGCCUCCGCGACGGUGGGAGCGCUGAAGCGGCAGCUCUUCGCCGACGCCCUGGAGGCGCAGAGAUCUGUCCGUUUCAUCGCCAGCGGUCGAAUCCUUGAGGACACCUCCUCUCUUGACAAGUGCAACCUCGGUCCUGAAUCUCAUAUUUGCGUGUCUAUCAGCGACAAGUCGGAUGCAGUGCGCAGCAUGCCAUCUCCUCCAGUAGAGAAGCAGGUCAAGACAGCCCAAAUGGAGCGUGAUUCUGACCUGCAGGCUUGGCAAGUGUGGACCAGAUGCGCUAGCUUCCUUGCAAUGGCAGGUUCUGCGAUGGUCUUUCCAUAUGCACUUCAAAAGCAUCGACAUUUGUCGUCCAACACACACCUUUUUGUGUGUAUUGCUGCAGCAGUUUGGGUGUAUUUGCUCAUCUUCCAUACCGUGCCAGACGCCGUGCAGAUCAUCUUGGCUGCUGCACGUUGGGCAUUGAGUGGGAAAUCUGAAGAGAUCAGAUCGGACACGGUGGAGUCGGAGAGGCACUGCGCUCGGCCGAGUGCCUUGUCGACGACCUUGUCUGCUCGAAGGCCAAAGGCAGAGGACACGAGCUGACCGAGAUCGACCUCCGUGACUGAAAUUCGACCUUCAAGACCUCGACCGAAAAAACAUCGAGGGUCUCAAUCGCUUCAUGCCAAGCAUGGCAUCUCACCCGAAAACCAAAG